AUGCCUGAUAAAAUCGCAGAGAGUCACACUUCGAUGCAGUCACGAGGAUCUUCGUUUUUUAUCGAGAACUUGCUUGGCUCAGAUCGAACCGAACCUCCUCCUGUAUGUCCUGUCAAACACAUCCGAGAUGGCGAGGGACUCAGAGAGACGAUACACACACCGGUGUACCAGCAACACCAAGAAGCGUGUCAUGAAGAGUCCAGUACACACUCCAGAAUGGAAAUGUGUCGAAAAGGCUCACCGUCGCUCUGGUACGGAAGGGACUCCCUGAAUCUCGGGACUCUAGAGACAUCUGAUAGUCCGAGGGAGGAAACCCGCAGUUCAUAUGAACACAUCGACUCGGUGUCCAGCGACAGGGAUUCCCCGAUCGGGUGUGAAACUGCGUGCACAGACCGCGCGCGCAAAGCGGCGGACAGAAACAUGGCGGAUGAGCGCGCGCAUCCUGACACCACCGAUUCGUGCGGCUCAGUGAGAAAGAAGAAAACCCGGACCGUGUUCAGCAGAAGUCAGGUGUUCCAGCUGGAGUCCACAUUCGACGUGAAGCGCUACCUGAGCAGCUCAGAGCGCGCGGGCCUCGCCGCGUCCCUGCACCUCACCGAGACCCAGGUGAAGAUCUGGUUCCAGAACCGGCGCAAUAAGUGGAAGAGACAACUGGCGGCCGAACUGGAGGCUACUAACGGGUCGCACUCAUCUCAGCGCAUUGUUCGCGUCCCCAUUCUGUACCAUGAGGGCGCCACGCUGGGUCUCAACGUGCCGCAAGUGUCGCCUCCUAUCGUGGGCUUUACGAGCUCAGUGAACUACCCACUCACUAAUUUCACUCACUCCAUGAGUCUGCUCAGAUCACAGCUCACAGGACUUGUUUAA